UUUGGAUUUCUCUUGCAAAUGUUUGACAGCUCUUUCAAUUCCAGAGAUUUCCCCAACUGCUGCUCUACACACUUGGAGCUUUAACCGAACAAAACUGAUGGUUAAUUCUUUGAUCUGUUGUCCACUGGGAUCAGCUUACAAACCUCACUAAAGACGUAAUUCAUUAUUCAAAGCAAGAGAGAUGGAAGGAGCCCACACAAUGGCAGCGGGCAGCCCUGGGCAGCACAGGUCAGAGUGCUGAUGAAGACACUGCAGUGCAGAAUUCCUACUGACUACUCCGACAUGGCAUUUGAUUUGCAGAAUUAAAGGAUCAAGAAAAUGCCGAAACGGAAAGGAGGCGCCGCAGGCAAAAAGAUCACUCUAAAAAUGGCAAAAAACUCCAUGAAGAUCACCGUGGACGGGAAGCGUCGUUUAGACUUAAGCAACAUGGGUAUCGCGACCUUUCCCAAAUGCAUUCUGAAGUUGACGGAUAUUGAGGAAAUCGAUCUGAGCCGGAACAUGAUCAAAAAGAUUCCAGACUUCAUCAACAAAUUCCCAAAGCUGCGCUACCUAGACUUCCACACAAACAAGAUCGAGAGGAUUCCUGAAAGCCUUUGCCAGCUGGAGCUGCUUUACUAUCUUGACCUGUCGAACAAUAAGCUCACAACAGACGGCUUGCCCACGGACCUGGUGCAGCUGAAAAACCUCCGGGUCCUGAACCUCGGCCUGAACUCCGUGGAAAUGAUUCCCACCACCAUUGGCACUUUGAAGGAGCUGAAGGAACUGGGGCUCUUUGACAACCGGAUCACGUAUAUGCCGGACAAAAUCACCAAGCUGCCGAAACUGAAGAAACUGAACGUGUUGCGGAACCCGUUCACCACUCCGCAGGUACCCGAGGAGCCUAUAGAGACCAUCGAUCGCGUCGAGAACAUUUACCUCGCCAGGAAAGACAUGCUCUGCCGUCCCUGUCUCAAGAAAUGUCUCCGGGAGAGAGACAAAUGGAGCAAGGUGAAGAACAUAGCCGAGAUGGAGGAAGAGCCCGAUUUCAGCGGUCUCAUAGCACCCAACUCAGUUGCGAAACAAGACGAGGCGUCUUGGAGAAUCAGUGAAUAAAUGUUUACAAGCUGCAUGAAUCUCUGCUGUCGUCCCAAACUAAAAGGUUGAACAAAAACAAAAUAAACUCUCUCACUUGCCUUAAGUUUCAGGACUGGCUACUCUCUUCUGUGCACUUGGUACGAAUGUUCCUUUUAUUGCAUUCAUGCUAUUUACAGAACAAAAGGGUCAAUGUUGCACAGCAUCAAAUGGAUAGGAGCAGGCUAUUCAGCCCCUCAAGCCUAUUCCACCAUUCAAUGAGAUCAUGGCUGAUCCAUGUUUUAACUCCAUCCAACGAUCCCUUAUUGUUGGCUAA